AUGACCACCUCUCGCACCUCUGAUCGCACAUUCACUAACCUGCUCGCAGACGCAGACAACCCCCCUCCAAUUCAGGUGUCCAGUAUUUCAGACAAGGAAGGUAUCCGUCUUGCUGACGGCCUCGUCCUCUCCGCCGCGUCAAUUUUUUUGGAGGGACAAGUUUACCUAUGGGAUGUUCCUUCGCCCAAAACGGGUGAGGGGGAUAGGACCGAGAAAGACCAGUGGAAAGGGUGGACGGAAGAUCAUUUCGAGCUCUUUGACGUUGUGGUUCCCAAACCUGAAAUCCUCCUAUUGGGAACAGGCAAGCGGAUCGUCCAGCCGCCCCCAUUCAUGCGUACGUACCUACCUCAAAAACUGAGGCAUCCAAUAAGAUGUUAUGGAUACCAGAAACGCGUGCGCGACGUACAACCUCCUCGCGGAAGAAGGCCGACGUGUUGCAGCGGCUUUAUUACCCAACGAUCCACUUAG